AUGUACGUGGACGAGACAACCCGACACCUUAACACGAUGCCAUAUUACAUGCCUACGAACCUUCACACAUACGUGAAGUUCGACUCAUUCCAUCCGCUAGCCCUAAAGAAAUCAUUACCCUUCUCCCUAGGAUUACGCCUUAAAAGAAUAAACAACAAGGACGAAAUCCUCUACCCCCAGCUAGACGACCUGUGGGUGACGUUUAGGCGCAGAGGUUACCCUGAGGAAACGCUGAACUACGCCCAGGAGAAACUAUGCGGGAAGACCAUAGAACAACUUCUCAGGCCCCCGGCCACACGUAAUAUUGACGAAUUAAAGCUUGUUGAAGUAUAUAUUGUCCCUACUAUUGUUAGACCUGCUGUUGUAGUGGCCAUGAUUGAUGUACCUGUUGUUGUAGUGGCCAUGAUUGGUAUACCUGUUGUUGUAGUGGCCAUGAUUGUUAUACAUGCUGAUGUUGUGGCCAUGAUUGUUAUACCUGCUGUUGUAGUGGCCAUGAUUGUUAUACCUGCUGUUGUAGUGGAUAUGAUUGGUAUACCUGCUGUUGUGGUGGCCAUGAUUGUUAUACCUGCUGUUGUAGUGGACAUGAUUGUUAUACCUGCUGAUGUUGUGGCCAUGAUUGUUAUACCUGCAGUUGUAGUGGCCCUGAUUGUUAUAUCUGAUGUUGUAGUGGCCUUGAUUGUUAUACCUUAUGUUCUAGUGGGAAUGAUUGUUACAUCAGUUAUUGUAGUUGCCUUGAUCGUUAUAGUUGCCAUGAUUGCUAUACCUGAUGUUGUAGGGGCCAUGAUUGUUAUACCUACUGUUGUAGUGGUCAUGAUUGUUAUAUCUGCUGUUGUAGGGGCCAUGAUUGUUAUACCUGCUGUUGCAGGGGCCAUGAUGUCUGCUGUUGUAGUGGUCAUGAUUGUUAUAUCUGCUGUUGUAGUGGCCAUGAUUGUUAUACUUGCUGUUGCAGUGGACAUAAUUGAUAUCUGCUGUUGCAGUGGCCAAGAUUCUGCUGUUGUAGUGGCCAUGAUUGUUAUACCUGCUGUUGUAGUGAUCAUGAUUGUUAUAGCUGCUGCUGUUAUUGUUGUAACCUAG